GUGAGUAAAUGACGUAGGCACCGAUAGGCGUUUUAAUAGCAUUAAAAUAUAUAUAUUAAAAUAUAUAUAUUAAGGUAUGUGUGCAAUUAUACUCGUGCUUUAGAAAUUAGUUUCGACAGAGUUAAGAGUUAAUAUAUGACCAUCAGAGUACAUUUUUGCGGCUUAAAUUAGCUUUCUUGGCUCAAUGGUUCAUAGUAAAAGCGACGGUGUGUACUUCCGCUCCUAAGACGAGAAAUUCACCUGUUUCUUAAUCAUUUUUGUACGUUUUUAUGGAUAACAUUGUCUUAAUUCCCCCACAUAUUUCCCCAAUAAUGACGUUUUACGACUUUCUAGAGCAGCGUUAAGCUAGCUCUACUCGCGGCUAGCAUAGCGUGCGAAGUAGCCGAGAUGCAUUGUGGGACAUGUAGUUCGCCAUAAUGCAAACAAUGGUUGUUUAUGACAGAAGGUAAGUACUUUUAACGCGCUUUAAAAUGGUCAUGUGGCCACUUGAACGCUACCAGGGAGCGGGGGAGACCUUGCCGGAUGAGGAUGAACAAUAUAGUGCGUGUGGGCGGGGGGUGAUGUUGCGAGCGGGAGGGCGGGACCACGGCUGGUUAAAGCCCAGCAGAGGCAGCAGCAGCCCCGCAGAAGCUGCUCGCUGGUCCCCCCGCGUACAGGUGCUCGACGCGGAGGCUUCCUCGGUACGCCGAGCAGACUGGGAGUCCAGACAUAUUUGGAUGCGUGUGGUCAACAUGAAAGCCCCCCUCUUCCUCCCCCUGAUGCUCCUGGCCGCCAUGUCCCAACCACGAGCCUUCCCCUUCAGCGCCUCUCUGGACGUGGACGUCACCCCCAGGACCACCGUCUUCGUCAAAGGCCUGCUGGGCAGCGCUCGCUUCACCGGCUCCACCCGGAACUACAGCACCUUGCUGCUGGAGGAGGAGGCGGGGCUUCUGUACGUGGGAGGAAGAGGAGCGCUGUACGCCCUCCACGCCGCCAACAUCUCCACAGCCGCCAGCCCCCGGGUGGACUGGGACGCUUCACCUGAGCAGAAGAGGCAGUGCCUGAGCAAAGGUAGAGACAACAAGACCGAGUGUUUCAAUCACAUCCGCUUCCUGCAGCGCCUCAACCAGACUCACCUGUACGUGUGUGGGACCAAUGCCUUCAGACCUCUCUGUGCUUACCUGGACUCGGAACGCUUCAGCUUGUCCUCGGGCUUCGAGGAUGGAAGAGACCGGUGUCCCUAUGACCCGUCCAAGGGAUACACAGGCCUGCUUGUAGACGGCGAGAUGUUCACGGCUUCCCAGUACGAGUUCCGCAGCUCGCCUGACGUGCGCCGCAACUUCCCCUUCCCCACGCUCAGGACGGAGGAGGCGCCCACCCGCUGGCUUCUGGAGGCCGACUUUGUGGGCUCGGCGCUGCUCCGGGAGAGCGCCAACAGCUCUGUGGGCGACGACGACAAGAUUUACUUCUUCUUCACGGAAAAGAGCCAGGAGCAGACGCCGUACCCGAGCCGCACCAAAGUGUCCAGAGUGGCCCGGGUUUGCAAGACGGACUGGGGCGGUCAGAGAACUCUGCAGAGGAAGUGGACGUCCUUCCUCAAGGCCCGCUUGGUGUGUUCAGUCCCCGAGUACGAGCUGCACCUCAACGUCCUGCGCAGCGUCUUUGUCCUGCACGGCCCCGACGCUCACAGCAGCUUCUUCUACGCCGUCUUCGGUCUGGAAUGGAAGAACAUCAAAGCCUCGGCCGUCUGCCAGUAUUCCUUCUCGGAUGUGCGGAGGGCCUUUGAGGGGCCCUACAUGGAGGUGCAGGACUCCAAGUGGAGGGAGUACACAGGGAAGGUCCCCGAGCCAAGACCUGGAUCAUGCAUCACAGACCUGCACCGCUCCAAGGGCAUCAACUCCUCUCGAGACCUCCCAGACAACACCCUGACUUUUGCCAGGAGGCACCCGCUCAUGGCCACCCAGGUGCACCCCAUUGGGGGGCGCCCCCUCAUGUUCAAGAGGAGCGUCAACUACGUGCGCAUAGUCGUGCACCAACAGCCAGCGCUGGAUGGAAACAUCUACACCGUUCUCUUCUUGGGAACUGACGACGGCUGGCUGCACAGAGCGGUGGACAUCAGGGGUCAGAUGCACAUCAUGGAGGAGCUGCAGAUGUUUGCUGAAGAACAACCUGUGGAGAGUCUGGUGCUGUCUGACAGCCUGCGUCACAUCUACGUGGGCUCCCACUCAGGGGUGGUGCAGCUCCCCACGUCUACCUGCCGCAGGUACACUUCCUGUUACGACUGCGUCUUGGCCAGGGACCCCUUCUGUGGCUGGGAUGGCCGGGAGUGCGUGGAGGUGUGGCAGUCUGGACGGAACCUCACCCAGGACAUCCUGAGGGGGACCCGGGGCUGUGAGGACAACUCUGGAAACGUGCUCCACCGGAGGCGCUCCAUCAUGUCGGGUGACGACGCCCUCCUGCAGUGCGAGCUGCGCUCCAACUUGGCCACGCCCCGCUGGACGCUGGACGGCCGAGCGCUCCAAGGCCCGGGUGGGGACUAUCGCCCGGGUGGGGACUACCGCCUGGGCACGGACGGCCUCCUCAUCAUCGGGGCGCGGCGGAGCGGCUCGUACCGCUGCUUCGCCGUGGAGAACUCCGUAUCCGUCCUGGUCUACGUCUACACCGUGACGGUGCACGCCGACCCCAACUUCCCCGCCGAGACGACGCACGCCGCCGAGCCCACGACGGCUCCUGACGCCACCGUCCUCGCCGCCGCUCCCUCGCCACCCGCCAGGCCCUCGCUGCACACGUACCGCCACAUGGAGGUGGUCUACGUCUCCCUGGUGGCGGUCCUGGGCGGCCUGUGCCUGGUCCUGUCCGUGGUCCUGCUGUACGUGACCUUCUGCACCCGGCGCAGGAAGUACCCCGAGCGGGGCCUGCAGGUCCUGGGGGCCACGGAGAGCAAGAGGAGCUCCCUCUUCGAGCUGACGUCCAUCUCCAGCCGCUGCAACGGCCGCCGCUCCGUCUCCGCGCCCGCCUUCGGGGACUUCAGCGAGCGCUUCCUGCAGGAGGCGUCGUCGCCGCCCACCACCCCGCCCCCGGCCCCGCCCCUGCCCAUGCCGCCCCCGCUGCCCGACAUGGACUACGUCAACGGGCUCUCGGCCACGCUGCCCGGCGUCCUGCGCAAGAUGAACGGGAACAGCUACGUGCUCCUGCGGCAGCUGGACCGGGACGGCGCCUCGCCGCUCUGCCGCUCCUUCACCGAGGAACUGAACCGCAUCCUGGAGCAGAGGAAGCAGCUGGACCUGCAGCCCGGGGAGAGCGCCAUCUAGUGACUGCGGACGCUCACCUUUCCCUCAACAACCCUCCGGAGACACGCCGUGCUUCAGACCCACGCUGACAAAAACCACAUCCAGUCCUUCUGCUCCUCAGGAUAUGUAAUCAAGAUGAAGAUAUUUUACAUCUUCUUCCACUUAUCCGAGAUGG